AUGGAACUCGAACAAGAUACCAAGGAAGAUGAACCAAAAGAAUCUAAGAAGAAGGUCAUGGCUUUCAAAUCAUGUUACGAAAUUAGUGACGAUGAAGAAGAACUAUCUGAUGACGAGAUUGCAUAUCUCUCCAAGAAGUUUUCAAGGUUCCUGAAAAACAAGGGUAAAACCUCAUUCAACAAGAGGAGAUUCGCUAAGGACCAAAAAGGUAAGAGUGUUUCCAAAGAUAAUACUAAUUGCUCUUCAAAAGUCAUUAUUUACUUUGAGUGUAGGAAACCAGGACACUACAAGAGAGAUUUUCCAAAAAUGAGAAAAUACAAAAAGACAUACAAAGCCGAACAUUCAUUUGACUCAAGCGAUGAAGAAAAGGAAGAUGAAGAAUCUCAAGAAGAAGAACAAACUAACCUUGCACUCAUGGCUCUUGAAGAUGAGGAAAACGAAAAUGAGUUUGACAUUGUUGGACAAAAAUCUUCCAGUACUCCAAUGAGUACAUCUGUAAAAUUGUCUAAAGAUGAAGAUGGAACUCUUGUUGACCCUACAAAAUAUAGAGGAACUUCAAGCAUUAUUGGCCUUUGGUAUCCUAUGAACAAUGACUUUGACCUAAUUAGCUUCUCCGACGCCGACUAUGCUAAGUGUCAUGUUGAUCGAAAGAGCACAAGUGGGACUUGUCACUUUCUAGGAUCUUGUUUAGUCUAUUGGUUUAGCAAGAAACAGAGUUCUGUUGCUUUAUCAACUACUGAGGCCGAAUACAUUGCAAUUGGAUAG